GAAAACUAUGACCGCUUGAACGAGGCACUGCUUGCUGGUACGGAGCACUCAUGGACUGCUCUUACACUUAAGCUAUGCACUGCUUUGGAAACUGCUAACAAAUUGGUUCAAUCUACGAACUCUCAUGUUGAUUUGCUGUCGGGGAAGCUUGGGGAGUUUGAGAAAAUCAUUAAGAGGGGAGAUUCUGCCAUAGCAGCCGCCAGUGCUAUCCACAGGUGCCUGAACCAAAGAGAAGCACGGCUGAGUGAAAAUAUCAAAUAG